CCAACCCCUUUUUGUGCUGGCAACGCUCUACAAAAUAAAACCAGACCAGACGCUGCUUUUUACGGCAAAACCGAAAAUAAAUUACAGCUUGGCGAAAAAUACACAGAGUUAGCGGGCGAUUCUAGUACGUACGCGUUGGAGAGGCAAACGCGCAACUAGGAUUUACAUUUCGGCUGUAGCAUCCGUACAAUAGAGCCGUCACCAGCAUGGCCGAGUACUUGGCAUCCAUUUUUGGCACAGAAAAGGACAAAGUCAACUGCUCGUUCUACUUCAAGAUUGGCGCAUGCCGACACGGCGAUCGCUGCUCACGCAUCCACAACAAACCCACUUUUUCGCAGACGGUUCUACUCCAAAAUCUGUACGUGAAUCCGCAGAACUCGGCCAAGUCAGCCGAUGGCUCGCAUCUCGUGGCCAAUGUCUCCGACGAGGAGAUGCAGGAGCACUACGACAACUUCUUCGAGGACGUUUUCGUUGAGUGCGAGGACAAGUACGGCGAGAUCGAGGAGAUGAACGUUUGCGACAAUCUGGGAGACCACCUCGUGGGCAACGUGUACAUCAAGUUCCGAAACGAGGCUGAUGCGGAGAAGGCUGCGAAUGAUUUAAACAACCGCUGGUUCGGCGGUCGUCCCGUCUACUCGGAACUUUCACCGGUCACCGAUUUCCGCGAGGCCUGCUGUCGUCAGUACGAGAUGGGGGAAUGCACUCGGUCCGGCUUCUGCAAUUUCAUGCACUUGAAGCCAAUUUCGCGGGAACUUCGCAGGUAUCUCUACUCCCGCCGUCGUCGUGCCCGCUCACGCUCCCGCUCGCCCGGCAGCCGCCGACGCGGCUCUCGCAGCCGAUCUGGCUCCAGGGGCAGGCGGGAUCGGGGCGGCGGCCGAGGCGAUGGCGUCGGCGGUGGCAACUACUUGAACAACGAACGAGAUCGUGGCAAUGAUCGUGACCGUCGCAAAGGCGGUGGCGGAGGUGGUGGCGGCGGUGGUGGACGUUAUUAAAUCUCCAAAUACAGUUUUUCCAAUUCGGUGGAAAUUAUAAGAGAGAGAAACGGACAAGUGACGUCGUCAAGUAUAUUGUAGUUUAUUCUCGACGGUUUUUUUACAAUACCUUUGUUUUAUCAAGUUGGAUGGAGAGUGGAGAGCAUAACCGACGACUAGGAGUAGGCAAGAUUAUGAUGAUGGGGUGUGUGUGUGUGUUCCACCGCCACCCAUGUACAAACCCCCGCGAAAUAACGUUUACCGAGCGCCCAUUAGAAUUGUAAUUAUACAGAUACAGAUUAAUUAUACAUUCGUAAAUAAUAAAAUUGAGUAAUAAA